AUGGCCGGGCCGGCUGGAGAUGUCCGCACGAUGUCUCCGCAGGAGACUUCACAAUGGUGUAACUCUUUAGCACUCUGUGGCGUAAAGGGCCGCAUUCUGCGCGACCUCCAGGAGCAGAUCCAGAAGCGACAAAUCGAUGGCCUGCUUUUUGACAGGAUGCUCAGGAGCAACACCCUGACGGACCUGGGUAUUGAGGAGCUCAAUGCACGACUCGCUUUAGCCAUCCGGAGAAGUUGGUCGACGGAUUUCAACGGUGUGACCUUCAUCGACUAUGCUGCCAGCCAGGCGCAUUUUCAAAGCCGAAUGCCCGACGACGAAGUCCGGCGACAGAAGCGCGACUUCCUGAGCCAGAUGAGCGUGGACACAGCUCUAGAUUCAGAGUAUUCCCGCGCCGUGGAUCCUCGGGGACCUCAGAGCUGGCCCUCCUCCAAGGUGGGUGCGAGGGAGCCACCGAACUGGUCUCCCUCCAUGGGUCGUGGAGGCCGGGCCCCGAUGCGAGGAGACCCAAUGGCCAUGGAGCGUGGCAUGGUGCAUGGCGGCGGCCCGCGCGACCCGAGGUUUGAGGAUCCCUAUCCGCCUAUGGAGCCACGCGUGCCACCGCCGUUUCCGGGAGAGCGCAGCUAUGAUCUCGAUCCUUGGGAGCGGGGGCCGCCUAUGGCCAUGGACAGACGUGGCGAGCGUGGGUUGCGGGGACGGGACGACUUUGACAUGCAGCGCAUGCCACUCGGACGAGGCUCACCGGGGUUGCAGCUUCCACCCUCCCCAAAUACGAGAGAUCAGUAUGGCGGCUACCCAGACCCCGGGUAUUCUGAUCCAGGUUACGACGAUCCUUACGAUCGACAGCCCUUGCAUCUUGAUCGAGAUCCAGGACGCGCCUAUGGCGGAUACCCAGACAGAGGUGUUCCAUACUCUCCAGAGGAUGGGCGAUACGAUCGUCACGCCUCGAGGAGGAGUCCCGGUGCUUCUGACGAUUGGGGGGGCAUGGGUCUGGACCAGGCUCUGCCUAAGCAGGCGCCCAUUCCCGGCAAUGUGGCACGCAUGUACGCUGAGGGUGGAUCGCGGGGAACCCCACCAGGGUCACGCGGGUUCCGCGGCCUCGAGGCUCCUGAGCCAGAAGUGCCAAUGCCAUCGGGGCCCUCGAAGGGGGGUCGUGCGAACGUUCGCGACCCGAAUGCGGGGGCCGAGUGGGGCGGCCUCUCCCUUGGCGAUGUGAUGGAGCCCAGAAGGCUUGAACCGCACAGGAGUGAGCCUUCCAGCGACAUCCUGGGAGCUUUCGCGAAAGCCCACAGUGCGUUCGUCUUGCUGGGAAGAGGUGCAGCAGGACAUGGGCUUUUCAUCACAUCGCCCGCUGAUGUUGGAACGCUGCUGCUGGUGGUUCCAGCUGGCAGGAGUGCGCCUUCGGCGCUGCGCCACUUGGACGUGGCGGCGCCUAACAGCAAAGGACCGGUCUACAAUCUGGUCCAGGCCACCUCGACAACGACAGCUCUGGAGGGCGUCAAGCUGCCAGAGGUGCCUGAGCGCUUGAAGGAGGCCCUGGGUGCCCUCCUUAGCGACCCAAGGCAGUGGCGCUCCGUGAGUGCUCCGCGCCGGUUGCGCGUGCCGGGCCGGUGCGGCGAGGUGGAGCUGCAAUCUUCUGAGCUGUUCUUUGCUUUGGCAAAGCUCACGCGAGCUCCGGUCUCGGAGCCUUUUCGGAUCCAUGGCUUGGUGAACCACAGCUGCCAGCCCAACGUCCAGCGGACGUUUCUACCCGCAGAUGAUGCAGAGAAGACACCCCCCCGCCUGGUGCUGCGUGCGGCCGCGUCGGUGGCUGCUGGCGAGGAGCUGAUGGACAGUUACUUCUUCCCCUUCGUGCCAUUGACAGAAAGGCGGCGGCUGGUGACAGCCUUGGGCCCCGAGGCGUCCUUCCUUUGCCGCUGCCCACGCUGCCUUUCAGAAGCGAGCCAGUGCAAUGAGGAUGCCGAGCAUGCUGCCUGGUUGAAGCUCAAGAGGCUGGUGGCAGAACUUGCUCUCCUUCGAGGAAAGCGAGCAGAUCCGCAUCCAGAGGCCCACCUGUUUCCAGGCGUUGCGGAUCCGUUGCUUCGGCAGCCGGCAGCCUUGCACCUCGUUUCGCAGCUCCAGGAGAUCUUGAACGCUGAUCGGCUUGCUUCCGCCAGCUGGGCCGUGGCGGCAGCUCUACUGGCCGACCUCCAGGUGGCGGUGGAGGGCGACUUCUGGGCCGCAGAUCGCACGUUAGGCGCCCUCCUUGCCGUGCUGGCGCCAAUGCCGGGACUCGCGCUGGGCCUCGAGGCUGCCGCCGUGCGCGCCAGCUUCGCGCAGGCGCGGCGCGCGCUCCACGGGGAGAGAGGGGACUGCGACGCGGUGGCGGAACUGGCUCAGUGGGGCGACCGAGAUGUUGGCACUUCUUACAGCUGCGUCGGUGUGUGGCGGAACGGCACAGUCGAGAUCAUCCCCAACGACCAGGGUAACCGUACCACUCCAUCCUACGUGGCCUUCACGAAGCGUGGACGUGUGCGAGGCGAUGACGCCUUUUCUCAGGUCGAGCGCAUCCCGCAGAAUACCGUUUUCGAUGCCAAGCGCCUGAUUGGUCGCCAAUUCUCGGACAGAGUCGUGCAGGAGGACAUUAAGAAAUGGCCCUUCAAGGUCGUCGCCGGCGAAGGCGACAAGCCGGAGAUCGUGGUCACAGUCGGGGGUGAGGAGAAAAAGUUCCAGGCGGAGGCAAUUUCUUCCAUGGUCCUCGGCAAGAUGAAGGAGACGGCGGAGGCCUAUCUCGGCACCGAGGUCAAGGACGCCGUGUUGACGGUGCCGGCAUACUUCAAUGACUCGCAGCGCCAGGCCACCAAGGAUGCAGGUAGCAUUGCCGGCCUGAACGUGAUGAGACUCAUCAAUGAGCCAACUGCUGCAGCCAUUGCCUAUGGCUUUGACAAGAAAGUUGACAAGAAAGGCGCACAGAACGUCCUCGUCUAUGAUCUGGGCGGUGGUACUUUCGAUGUCUCAUUGCUGACCUGCGAAGAGGGCCUGUUCGAGGUGAAGGCAACUGCUGGCGACACGCAUCUGGGUGGUGAGGACUUCACCAAUCGCUUGGUGGAUUUCUGCAUGCAGGACUUCAAGCGCAAGAACCGUGGCCUUGACAUGGCGGGUGACCCGCGAGCCAUACGUCGCUUGCGAACGCAGUGCGAGCGGGCCAAGCGCCAUUUGUCUUCGACAACGGGGGUGGACAUCGAGGUCGACGCGCUUUUCGAUGGCAGAGACUGGUCCGUCUCUGUGUCUCGUGCGCGAUUUGAGGAGCUGAACAUGGAUUACUUCAGGCGCACCAUGGACCCAGUGGAUCGGGUCUUGCGAGACUCCCGCAUGGAUAAGGGUGAUGUGCACGAAGUGUUACUGGUUGGCGGCUCCGCACGAAUUCCCAAAUUGCAGUCCAUGCUCACAGAGUACUUCAACGGCAAGGAGACCAAUAAGUCCGUAAAUUUUGAUGAGGCGGUGGCCUACGGUGCCGCAGUGCAGGCUGCUAAGUUGACAGGCGAGGCUUCGUCCCAGCUGGAGGCCCUUCUGAUCUUGGAUGUGUCGCCCUUGAGCGUGGGUCUGGAAACUGCUGGUGGUGUGAUGACCAAGCUGAUCGACCGCAACACGACCAUCCCCACCAAGAAGGAACACACCUUCAGCACCGAUGCGGACAACCAGCCGAGUGUGUUGAUCCAGGUCUUUGAGGGCGAGCGCCCUAUGACCAAGGACAACAAUCUGCUGGGCAAGUUCUCCUUGGACGGCAUCCCGCCAGCCCCGCGCGGUGUGCCCCAGAUCGAUGUGACCUUUGAUAUCGAUGCUAACGGCAUUCUGACCGUGAGUGCGAAGGACAAGGACACAUCAAAUAAAAGCGAGAUGACCAUCAAACCCGACAAGGGCCGACUAUCGCAGGCCGAGCUCGACCGCUUGAUGCAAGAAGCAGAGCAUUUCCGUGCCGAAGAUGCAGUGCUGAUGAAGAAGAAGGAAGCCAAGAGUUCCAUGGAGCAGCUCUGCUUCGCCGCCCAAGGGUUGUUGAAUAACGAGAACUUGAAGGACUUUGUCGAGGACGGCGACAAGGAAAAGGCGAAGAAGGCCAUUCAGGAGGCCCUUGACUGGCUAGAUGACAAUGAGAUGGCCAAGACAGACGAGAUCCAGGACAAGCAGAAGGAGCUUGAGGCCGUCGUGAACCCAAUCCUGGGCAAGAUUGCGGCAGGUGGAGGCGCGAACGCGAUCCAAAUGUUGCGCGGGCCGGAGUCCAUGCCUGGGCAGCCCAUGCCUGGGAUGCCCAUGCCUGGGCUAGGCGAAGUGGAAUGA